UCACAUUGAGCCAAAAAAAUAAUCCAGUGUUUUCUGCAGUUACAAACAGAAUGAAUAUUCCCAUGCUACUGCAACAUUCUCACCGGAGUUUCCUAAAAGGCCUUUUAAGAUCACCUUUCCGUCCUUACCGCUUCAUCUUUCACUCAAGUACUCAUCUCGGAUCAGGAAUCCCUUGUGCUUGGCCGUUUAAUUCUCUUGGACUCCAUUGUACAAAAUGGAUGCUGCUGUCAAAUGGUUUAAAGAGAAAAUUAUGUGUACAAACAACCUUAAAGGAACACACAGAAGAACUUUCUGAUAAAGAACAAAGAUUUGUGGAUAAACUUUACACUGGUUUAAUCCAAGGGCACAGAGCCUGCUUAGCAGAGGCCAUAACUCUCAUAGAAUCAACCCACAAGAGGAAAAAAGAGUUAGCCCAGGUGCUUCUUCAGAAAGUAUUAGUCUACCACAGGGAACAAGAACAAAUAAAUAAGGGAAAACCACUAGCAUUUCGUGUGGGAUUGUCUGGGCCCCCUGGUGCUGGAAAAUCAACCUUUAUAGAGUAUUUUGGAAAAAUGCUUACUGAGAGAGGGCACAAAUUAUCUGUGCUAGCUGUGGACCCUUCUUCUUGUACUAGUGGUGGAUCACUCUUAGGUGAUAAAACCCGAAUGACUGAGUUAUCAAGAGAUAUGAAUGCAUACAUCAGGCCGUCUCCUACCAGUGGUACUUUAGGAGGUGUGACAAGGACCACAAAUGAAGCUAUUCUGUUGUGUGAAGGAGGGGGAUAUGACAUCAUUCUUAUUGAAACCGUAGGCGUGGGCCAGUCGGAGUUUGCCGUUGCGGAUAUGGUUGACAUGUUUGUUUUACUGUUGCCACCAGCAGGAGGAGAUGAAUUGCAGGGUAUCAAGAGAGGUAUAAUUGAGAUGGCGGACCUGGUGGCCAUCACGAAAUCUGACGGAGACUUGAUUGUGCCGGCUCGAAGGAUACAGGCAGAGUACGUGAGCGCCCUGAAGUUACUCCGCAAGCGCUCCAAAGUCUGGAGACCCAAGGUAAUUCGUAUCUCCGCCAGAAGUGGAGAGGGCAUCAGUGAAAUGUGGGAUAAAAUGAGAGAGUUCCAGGACCUCAUGCUCACCAGUGGGGAGCUGACAGCCAAGCGGCAGAGGCAGCAGAAAGUUUGGAUGUGGAAUCUCAUUCAGGAAAGUGUGUUAGAACAUUUCAGGACCCAUCCCACCAUCCGGGAACAGAUCCCUGUUAUGGAAAAAAAGGUUCUUAGUGGGGCCCUGUCCCCAGGACUAGCAGCAGACGUGUUGUUGAAAACUUUUAAAAGCAGAGACUAAGGAAAUUUAUCAUGUGCAAUGAUUUUAUAUAUCAUUCCAUAAAUUAUUUUAAUAUUAAAAGUCACUUGAAUGCUUAUAUUUUCAGUAAUUCUUUUGUGGUGCCCUUGGCCUCGUUUGUGAACCAUGCUUGAAAAGUUGAAAAAUGUUAGAUAUGGCUGGCAAAGGUCAGGCCCUUGGCAGUAUUUAUAAGGUACCUGUUACAUGUUACUGGCUUCCAUUUCUUUCUCUUCCUAUACCCUGGCAUGGUAGGUGGCGGGGGGGUUCCUUCUCAUCAGUCACAGGCCGAGAAAACUGAAAGAACAGAAAAGGCUCGUGCCUUAAAAUGUUUUCUUUGAUACUGUAUUCUCUGAGUUUCCAGAGAAAAUGUAAGUAAGAGUGACCACAUUUCUGAUUUUUUACUUCAGACCAGAAUCCUACACAAUGGGGUUAAGAGCUAAAAAUCACAACUUAUAUUUAGUGUACCAGACUAUUCUAGGGAUUUCUGAAAUGGCCAUGUUAUAUACAUGAGUAACCAAACAAGUGGAAUGCAUAGUGAUGUGAACACAGUUUUAAAGUCUACUUGUCUAGUGGCACCUGGGUGGCUCAGUGGGUUAA